AUGGCGGACUCUGUGGAUCGGGUGUUCGUUCACGCCCUCAACACCGUCAAGAAAGUCCCAAAGACGGGCGCAGCUCGACCUCCACCUUCCGACCGAUUACGUCUCUAUGGAUUAUACAAGCAAGCCAUGGAGGGCGAUGUGGAUGGCGUCAUGGAACGCCCCUCGUCCGGCACCGGCGCGCCUGAGGACGAAGUACAACGGGAGCGCGACAAGUGGGAUGCCUGGAAUUCGCAAAGGGGCUUGAGUCGGACGGAAAGCAAGAGGAGAUAUAUUGAGGCACUCAUCGAGACUAUGCACCGAUACGCAAACACCCCUGAUGCAAAGGAACUUGUCAGCGAGCUGGAGUUUGUGUGGAAUCAAAUCAAGAGCAACUCGGACAGCUCCUCCGACUCUUCACCCCACGCGUCGCGACGCUUCCAGCAACCAGCAAGCGGCUCCGAUGGACCGAUGAAGGUCCUGAGCCCGAUGAGCGAACAAGACGAGGCCGAACUACGUUCUCAACGACAAAUGGAGCUCGAAGACGACGAGGAGGAAGCGGAAACUCAGUCCAACAAGGGAAGUGGACGGUGGCAACGCAAGGUCGAGCGAGCCAUCACGAAUCUGUCAGCCGAGGUUGCCGCGCUCCGAGAGCAGAUCACUGCUGGCAGAGAAUGGCGCUCGAAGAAAGACAAGAGCUUUCCGGCGUGGCUCAGCUGGUUGGUGUGGACAGUGAUGAAGCACCUGCUUGUGGACUUCUCCAUCCUCGGUAUCGUACUACUGUGGAUGCGCCGACGCAAGGACAGAAGGCUCGAGGAUCUGGUGCGCGCGGCGCUGCAGCUCACACGCGAAUACAUUAGAAAAGUGCUUCCGUCCAGGUGA